CGUGAUCCGGGCACUUAGGGCAGGAUGAACGCUGCUUUCCAAGAUGGCGACGGAGGGAGGAGGGAAGGAGAUGAACGAGAUUAAGACCCAGUUCACCACCCGGGAAGGCUGCUGACUUGAGUAAACCAAUAGAUAAAAGGAUAUACAAAGGAACACAGCCUACUUGUCAUGACUUCAACCACCUCACAGCCACAGCGGAAAGCGUCUCUCUCCUAGUCGGCUUUUCCGCAGGCCAAGUCCAGCUUAUAGACCCAGUCAAAAAAGAAACUAGCAAACUAUUUAAUGAGGAAAGACUAAUAGACAAGUCACGAGUAACCUGUGUCAAAUGGGUUCCUGGUUCGGAAAGCCUUUUCCUAGUAGCCCACUCGAGUGGGAACAUGUACUUGUAUAAUGUGGAGCACACUUGUGGCACCACAGCCCCCCACUACCAGCUCCUGAAGCAGGGGGAGAGCUUUGCCGUGCACACUUGCAAGAGCAAAUCCACGAGGAACCCUCUCCUCAAAUGGACGGUGGGCGAGGGGGCCCUCAACGAGUUUGCUUUCUCCCCAGAUGGCAAGUUCUUGGCGUGUGUGAGCCAGGACGGCUUCCUGCGGGUGUUCAACUUUGACUCGGUGGAGCUGCACGGCACCAUGAAAAGCUACUUUGGAGGCUUGCUGUGUGUGUGCUGGAGCCCCGACGGCAAGUACAUCGUGACGGGCGGCGAGGACGACCUGGUGACCGUCUGGUCCUUUGGAGACUGCCGCGUGAUCGCGCGGGGCCAUGGGCACAAGUCCUGGGUCAGCGUGGUUGCCUUUGACCCCUACACCACCAGCGUGGAAGAGAGCGACCCCAUGGAGUUCAGCGGCAGCGACGAGGACUUCCAGGACCUUCUUCACUUCGGGAGAGACCGAGCGAACAGCACCCAGUCCCGGCUGUCCAAGCGGAACUCGACCGAGAGCCGGCCCGUCAGCGUCACGUAUCGGUUUGGCUCCGUGGGCCAGGACACGCAGCUGUGCCUGUGGGACCUCACGGAAGACAUCCUCUUCCCUCACCAGCCCCUCUCGCGCGCGCGGACACACACGAACGUCAUGAACGCCACCAGCCCCCCCGCGGGCAGCGCCGGGAACAGCGUGCCCACGCUGGGCAGCGCCGCGCCGCCCCCGCUGCCGCGGUCCAACAGCCUCCCGCACGCCGCCGUCUCCAGCGCCGGCAGCAAGGGCAGCGUGGCGGACGGCGCCAUCGCCGCUGGGGUCAGCAAGUUCGCCACGCUCUCGCUGCACGACCGGAAGGACAGGCACCACGAGAAAGACCACAAGCGGAACCACAGCAUGGGACACAUCUCCAGCAAGAGCAGCGACAAGCUGAACCUCGUCACUAAGAGCAGGACGGACCCCGCCAAGACUCUGGGGACGCCCCUGUGCCCCCGCAUGGAAGACGUGCCCUUGUUAGAGCCGCUCGUCUGUAAAAAGAUAGCACAUGAGAGACUGACUGUGUUAAUUUUUCUUGAAGACUGUAUAGUCACUGCUUGUCAGGAGGGAUUUAUUUGCACAUGGGGAAGGCCUGGUAAAGUGGUAUUCCUUGUUUUCUGUGACCUUCCUCUAAGCCGAGUCCCCCGUGGGGAAGGACGAAGGCUGACUGCCGUGAGCUGGUGGCCGGUCUCUGCGGACGCCAGGAGGCCACCCGGCCGGCUGGAGCCCCAGGUGGCGGCGGGCAGGCUUCCUCCUCCAAGUCUCGAAUGGUUUGGGGGGGCUCUGUCAGCGCCGUUGGGGCCCCCGAGGCCCCCGGUGCAGAGGGAGCUCUGUGAGCGGGCAGCAAGGAAGGGCCGGCCCCUCAUCCUGCGCACUGGUACCUCCGUCUCUGGAAGCUUCUCGGCAAGAAUUCGGGGCCUGGACCUGCACGUCCCGCCUGGGGCUCGUGGGGGGCUCCCCACUCAGCUGUCGCUCCCCGCCGUCUCGUGGGACAUUUGAGCCUGGAACGCGGGGCGGGCGAAGCCUCUGGACACUCCCUGCUGGCCGCCUUUCCCCAGGGUGGGCGACCAGCCUCCCUGGACUCCAGAACCCACCCAACAGUGCGGCCUCCUGAGAGUGGGGCCUUCGCCUGCCCUUGACUCGGAGCUGCCGGCCGGGAGAGAUGUCCGGUUCUCCGCCCUCAGCGUGACCCGCUCCUGCAGAAGCCAGACGCCAUCUCCUCGGCCCUGGAGUAGCUUUUAGGCCCUGAAUUCUAGUAGAUUGACGGAACUUUAAAAAGACACAGGUGCAACAUUUUGAUCUUUUAAAAACCACUAGUUCUUACCUUGAGAAAAUUAGUCCCAUUUUUUUCUCCCUUGUGUGACUGCCUGUUGAAACAGGCAAUUCUGGACCAGAUUCUGGACCAGCGGGUCUCUUUCUGAAAAGGCACAGAAAACCUAGGGGCCCCCAGCCCCACCCCAUCUAGUGUCAGCAGCCUCUGACCUGCCUUCAGGUGGAAGCCGCGUAACCCCACGCGCAGUCGGAGGCUCCUGGAAGAUGCGGAGGUCCGCAGACCAGAGGGGGUUUCAGAUCCGCAGCAGGUCACCGGGCAGGGAGCCUGCAGGCCGCGGGAGAGCCUCCUUUCCCCAGCACGGUGCUCACCGGAGCCCGUAACUGAAUAUUCCCUAAGAAUGUUCCCUUUUCCCCAGAUGUCUGUAAACAACAUCAUCAUUUUCUCUGGGUGACUUUUGCGGGGUUGAGUGGCCUCUUUGGAGGAAGUGUGUCACCAUCCGUGUGACCUGUCAGUGGGCAGGUCAGGGCUGCCCAAGGGGAGUUGCCCCCUGGAGCCAAGGUGGCAGGCUGUGGUGGGCACUGGGCCUGGGGCAGGGUGGGGCCCAGGUGCCAGGGAAUGGCCCAGAGGAGGCGCCGGCGGAGUGAGCCCCUUGCUGCCGCUCCCCCCCGCACCCACGUCCUAAAACUGGCUCGUCGAGUCCAGGACCCGAGCCUCACACGCAGCCACUCUGUCCUUUCCUUUGGUUCUCUUAUGCAACCGUCUGGGCAGCGGGAGUGGUGGGAUUCUUGUGGCUGAGUCAGGGAAAACGUAUCCAUAGCUCGAAGUGGCCCCGGGGGAAGGCAGCCGGGAACUAACUCUCAUCGCUUUUGUACCAUCUCUGAAAGGGCCUCACUUUACGGAGACUCAGCCCUUAGUCUCCAGGGGCGGAGGGGCAGUUCAGGGGAGCUUCCGGCAGGCUGCCUCAGACCAGAGCCCCAGGGGCGGGUGCAGGCCCGCCCACAGGUGAGGCUGACCCGGCACCGGACCUCCGCCCGCGGCCCUUUCCUUCGGGGCUCAGGAGGCUGCUGGUCCGUCUGCAGCAGGACUCGUCCUGGGGCCGGGGAAGGCGACUCAGACAGUUGACUGACCAGGCCUGGACCAGUGCCACCGGCCCGUCUGCCGGCCACCCCUCGAGGGCCUGAGGGGCGAGUCCAAGGUAGCCGGGGGUGGAGGGGAGCCUUGCUGGGACCCGGGGAGGCUUCGGGACGAGGCCUGUCUCUGGCCUCCGAGACCCUCACGCUCCCUCUUCUUGCUCUCGGGGCCUCCAAUCUCAGCAGCGCCACAAAGAAAGAUGUGUUCCAUGGUUGUAAAUCGUUUUUUAGCUGAAAUGUUACUUUUUCUAAACAUUCUUAUGAAACAAGGUUUAAUUCUAUCAGCUUAGUAUUAUAAUCAAACCCAAACUAAGAACUGGGGUGUUCUGAUCAAUUUUCAUAUGAAAUCGCUAGCAGGAAUAAAGCAGCAACUUUGGUGAGAACAGAUCGGCCUCCUGAAUGUUAGACUCAGGAGUUGCCGCUGCUCCUGAAGCGGGCUUCCUUGCUGGGGGCUGGUAGGAUGGCUCGUGGAUUCCGGGCUGGAGAGAGCUGGUGCUUCAGGGGUGUUUGUAAAGCCCUUUCUUGCCAGCUGUUCAGUGUCCGGGGGACAGACCAGCAGCUUCCCGGCUGUCUGGACAGCUGGACGCCAGCAGGGUCUCUGAGGCCAGAUGCUCGGUCCUCCUGAGAAAAUCCUCAGGGAGGAGGCAGGCAGAGGACAGACCACCCUCAGGAGCGGCCCGAGGCGGCAGGGGAGCGGGCCCUCCAAACCGUGCUCCCAGUUCACACGUGCAGCCGGCCUCCCCGCGGGAGUGGUCUGCAGUCUCUGACGGAGGCCCGCCAGUGUGAUUCCCCUUUUUCUCACUGUCGCCCGGUAACUAGCUUCUAGACGGAAGCAAAGGCUUAAAGAGAUCAGGUGACUUUUCACAUCUUGUUUGGGAUAGUGUUCACAGACCUGGAAAUUUGUAGCUUCCGUGUUGCAAUACCUGUAACCUUAAGAUUAUUAAUAAAUGGAUGCCAGACCGUGACGUGCAUCCCAGUGAGUGUGAAGAAAUGUGAGUGCUGGUGGUUGCAUGAGGCUCAGCUCUCUCGGGUGCGUCUUGAGCUCGGGGGGCCCCCCGGCCCCACCGGUGCGGUCCCCACACCCACCGCAGCCGAGUGCCUGCAGGGCCCUGUCCCACGUCCACCCCCACGGCCCGGCCCUCCUUUCCCUACCUGCUGGGCCCUGUGCGCUGGUGCGGAGGUUGGAGGGGCGCCGCCAUCACCACCCUCAGCAGAGCGGACCUUGUAAGAAACGCCUCUAGGCUCUGUUCCUGGACAACACUGGCUCUUGGGGACGGGGCGCAGGCUCUGGGCUGCACUGGGCGAGCUGGCCUGGGAGCCGGGGAACCCCUCGGCGGCCCCGAGCUGCAGGCCCUGGGGAGGACAGUGAACAGCCCCCC